AUAUUGUUGGUACAGUGUAGGUGUAGGGCAAAGAUUUUUGCAGACAGUAUUUUGGGGAAUCGGCUGUGCCUCCUCCUCGAUUCCCAUCUCCCUCUUCCAACAUUUCACUUUUUCACACUUUGUAUUAUUUUAUUUGUUUUUUAUUGAAAAAGUUGAAAAGAGAGUGUAGAUACAAAAUAGGGGAGGUUGGCGUGUAGUGCAGGUGCAAUUCGCCACAAGCAAAGCCAGACAAAAGAGAGAAAACACGCUGCCACACCCCAUCACUCUCCCUCUCUCUCUCUCUGUAUGUGUGAGUGUGAAUCUACACCCCUUUCAUUCGCACCCAACAUCUGUAGCACCAAACGCAUACACCCCCGCUAUUAUCUGGCAAGAAUGAACGAGAAUGAGCAAGUGGUGCAUUACAUGGACAGUAGCUACUCUUACCCUGUCUCUGAGGGUUAUGUUGAUUUCUUCGGCGGUGUGCCAACAGUCCCUUUGAAUUAUCUCAACUUCGCCCCAAUGCAUGAUCAGGAAGCUUUGUAUUGGUCAAUGCAUAUGAAUACAUAUAAAUAUGGACAACCUAAUCCAGAGGGUAUCUAUUAUGGACUCUAUGAAGACAACGACCUUGCCCCAAGAAUGGAUUCCAACAGGAGAGUUUGGGAAUAUUCUUCAAUGACAACCGCAGAAGAUCCUAUAACUGUAGAUAUACCACCUGAACAAAGUGUGGUUUCUGAAGUGCAUUCUAUUCCCGAGGAAAGAUUACCAAAUGAUCAAGAUGCUGCCAAUGAUGAGGUUGCAUGGCAAGAUGAUAUUAACCCUGAUACCAUGACGUAUGAGGAACUACUUGAUUUAGGCGAGGCAGUGGGAACUCAAAGUCGAGGACUUUCCCAAGAGCUCAUUGAUCAACUUCCGACCUCAAAACACAAGUCUGGCGGAAUUUUCUCACGGAAAAAAUCUGAAGAGAGAUGUGUCAUUUGCCAGAUGCGAUAUAAAAGAGGGGACAGACAAAUCAAUUUACCGUGUAAGCAUGCUUACCACACCCACUGUGGCUCCAAGUGGCUUAGCAUCAACAAGACAUGUCCAGUAUGCAACACUGUGGUAUUUGGUGAUCGAUGAUCAGCACACAAAUUGAGUGAAAGUUCCAUAGAGAAGGAGCUGUUUAUUGCACAUUUAUGCUCUCUCUCAUACAUAGAAGCUAUGCAGAGUGUACUAGUGUGUAGUUUAGAAAAUCUACUUAUAUUUAUUUAAUAGAGUGGCAUCCAAUUUUUUGUUUUCUAACUCUCAGAAACUGCAAUCCACAGUUGUUUAAAUUUAAUGCUGAAAUUAACAUUAGUUU